AGUUAGUUUUGUAAUAACCAUAAACAUAAAUUCUGGCGAGGAACGUUACUUCCGUUUUACCUCAAAGAGGUCCGGGCAGAAAAAGACAGUUUUUGCGGUAAAAAACGAGUGGUGGUAGUACGGAAAGCAAAUCAACAUCGAGGAGCGUUACCUGAGUAUAGAAAAAAAUUAAUCGUCAAACAAAACGAAAAUGAUGUCCUUUCGGGUGAUUUUAGUUUUUUGUGCCAUUAAUGUUGGAAUUAUGGCACAAAAUGGUUACAACUACGAUAGGCCGGAAUUAGAUCUAGGAAUAGGCAGCACAAGUCGUCCAUCCUUUGGCCCCAACAAUCCUCCAGGUUAUCCUUCGCCGUCUGGGUUUGGCGGUGCAACCAGACCUACUGCAUCGACAUUUCAGCAAGGCAGCAGCGCUGGGUAUCCAUCGGGAAGGCCAUCUGGAUCGGGCGUAUUUGGUCAGCCACCAGUAGCAACCGGGCCAUCAUCAGGAAGUGCUGGAUAUCCCGCUCCAUCACAGACAGAUUUUUCCGGAACAGGUGGUUCAUACCCUGGAUCACCUGGUGCAACUGGCUUUGGACCCUCUGCGAGUGAUGCUGGAGGUUUUGGAUCAACUGCAAUCGGUGCACGUCCCGGCACAGCUCAACGCCCAGGUGCAAAUGUACCUAUCACCCAAGGUCCUUCUGGUGUUGGUAGUCCAGCAGCUUCAAACGAUGGACAAUAUGAAGGAGGAGACUAUUCGGCCAUUCCCGGUGAACCAGGAAUCGAUUAUCCAAUAUACUCUGAAAUUCCAGAAACAUCAUUCGAUUGCAAGCAACAGCAAUUUCCUGGUUAUUAUGCUGAUACUGAAGCUCAGUGUCAAGUAUUCCAUAUCUGUGCAUUGAACAAGACAUUCAAUUUUCUAUGCCCCAAUGGAACUAUUUUCAGUCAAGAGCAUUUCGUGUGUGUAUGGUGGAAUCAGUUUGAUUGUGCCAGUGCUCCAAGCCUCUACGGCAAAAACGCUGAUCUGUAUGACAAUUCACAAACUGGAGGCUCAUUCCAAGGCUCUCAGGGUGGCGUAACAGGCCCUGCAUUAUCUGGAGUCACAGGGCCCGGUUUAAGUGGUGCUACAGGCCCGGGGACUGUGGCAGCUCCAUAUCCAGGAAGACCACAGUCUGGACGACCAGGAAUUCCCAGUGGCCCAACAGGACCCUCUGGAAUCGGAAGUAGUGGAUAUCUUUCAGGACGACCAGCUGGAGCUGGAUACCCAUCUGGCAGCCCAUUGUCUCCUGGGUUACCUUCGGGUGGAUACCCGUCAUCGGGAGAUUCCUCCGGCUCAACUUUCACCAGCGGACCUAGUGGACCAGGUCAACAGAUAGGAUAUCCCGAUAGCCAACAAACUGGAUAUCCAGGACAACCAUCUCAAGAAGGCCAAUAUUCACCAUCCCCACAAUCACCCACCAGAGAUUAUCUUCCUCCUAGGCAGGGAUAAAAUCAUUCAAAACGUGCUAAAAUAGCUUUUUUACAAUAAGUGAGGGAUUAGGUCAAAAGCGAUUUAAAAUCGUUAAAAAUAUGGAUAGGGUAAUUCGAUAUGUAUUAUUUAUUCAGAUCAUUGACAGAUUUAUAAUUUUUGUUUUAUAUCAAACAAUCAUAUACAAGAGCAACAUUCGAAAGUUCAUUUAGCUUUAACUAGAUUUCAUUUUCCUACUCAAUUU